AUGAUGUGAGCUGUUUUAGCUAGUGCGUUAGACACGCUUUGGGUAUGGGCGACAUUGACUGCGAUGUUGCUAUUCCAGCAGUACCUCAAGGGUCCCCGAAGGUACUGGAUGUGCUCCAAACUGUGCUAGAAUUCGCCGAUCCAUGUGAUAUUGACAUAUUGGUAUCACGGUACGUGGCUUCGGAUGACGACGUUGGCCCUGGUACACCGGAUCACGUUCCUAAGGACGAUUUGUCCGUUGAGACUCUGGUGCCCAAUGCUGAAUUAUAUCGCAACCAAGAUGUAUCUGAAUGCGCCUUGGUUACACGGGAGUUGGCAUCAAUCCCAACCGGUGACAUGUACUCUAGUAUACGGCAACGUAUAGAGUACCUCGAGGGGAUAUCAGCAACGGUGAGCCACCAUAUAUCGGAGUUGGCGCAGUCGCGCCAUAGUGAUCUUGUAUCAGCAUCGAUUUGCGCUAUACAGUCAAGGACAAUCAAGGCAAUAUAUGACCGUGAGGUCACGUGUUUACGUAAUGCAUUUGAUGCCUAUUCAGCAUCAAGCUUGCGUAAUGGUAUGACCAUACCUAGGUCAAUAUCGCAGAUCACUUCACUACACAAGAUCAACUGUAUGCUCUCUCAAAUGUCCCGGUGUAAUGCCCUAAGAAAUAUCGUUAGGUCGCAUCGUUAUGACAGUAUAGACCGUAUAGUUGCCGCAGCUGCUGGUAUCGAUAUUAUAGACACCAUUUCAACUAGCAAUUAUGCCACGCGAUGGAAAUUGGUAGCUAAACUCAGGGAGUGGUUUAAGAUCCGGCUACGAUCGUUGAUUUCAAGUUCUAUAUCCAGAUUGGGUAUAUCAUCGGGGUUCCUUAGUAGCGCAACGCUCCUGCAUACACUUGGGAUACAUCCCAAGGAAGCUGCUGGGUGCAUAUUGGCUGAGUACCGCAGGAGCAUGUUUGGUAUAGUGCUAUCCACACUGCAGCGCUACGUCAACGCUGAUGGGAGUUACACCGACUCGAGUUCACCGAGGCCCGGGUCCCAUGAUAUAGCAUACUGGGCACGUAUAUUAGGGCCUAAUAUGGUAUUGUUGACUAUAUGUAAGAUACUGGGGGACCUCAUAGCGUUUUUAUCUUCUAUUGUGCAGGACCUUGGGGUAUGCCAGGGCACUGGUGGUACCACUGAUCUGUUGAAGCCAUACUAUGACCAGUUAUUUGCCGUGCCAUUUGAAAUGUACCACAAAAGUGUGCGUGAUAUGAUUGCAGCGGAAUUCAGCACGCUACGCGCAUACGCAUCGAUGUUGAUAACUGAUCUUUUGUCAAAUGUCAAUAUUGCCGCUGCUACCGACCGUGGCGACUACCUGAAGUUGAGUCUUCUGCUGCGUUAUUUUGUUAUCGUACAGACAGUGUCCAUGGAGUUUACAGUAGCACCAGGUAGUGAUAUUGAACAGUGUUUGGUCCAUAGUCCAUUCCAGGCUAUGCUACAUUCACACGCACGGGAGGUAUUGGAUUCACUUGUUGACAAGUUUCAAUCUAGCGUUGAUGGUACCGUGACCCUAGAGGAUGCUAUACAUUCGAGACUACUGGCGCCAUACAUGGAUUAUGUCUAUCGUGAUACCGUAGAACGUAUAAAGACGUGUGCAUUAAAGGAUACCGGGGAGCGUAUAUGGCCUGAGUGUCUAUCGCGUAGCAACGCCUUGUGUUCCAUAGAGGAAGAAUUUACACGACGUGUAAGGGAGAAUACGAAGCUUGUCUCCGGGAUACCUAUAUGUUCGCUUAACCCAUAUAACGGAUGGACCCCAAAUAGCCCUUUUCUAGGUGUUACUAUAGAUACUUCAUUAAGUAACCACGUUACCAAGCAAUAUGCAAAUGUAGCGGGUAAUGGCUAUAUACCGGCACCAGUGCUUCCAGGUGGCAAUGAAGAUGCAAGCUCCAUACCGGAAGAUGAGUGGGAUUACCUAAAGAGGCACUUUGGACCGGUAUGGACAUUGUCAUCAUAUACAUUUUGGAUGCAUAUACAUCCAACAAUACAGUGUAUGGCAUUGCAACCUAAUAGAGCAGGGUAUUACGUAGGUAUUCUAGAGGCACUAUUUGAUUAUCUACUUCUCCAAAGGAUACGCGAAUGCCAAGUACACCCCGAACAGCUGGAGUUCCCUACCCUAAUGGAAUUCAUAAUACAAUGCCACUCUAAGGGCCAUGAUAUAACACCAAUCGCAGAUACAGAUACCACUGUAUCCAUACUGGCCAAAAGAGUCAACGCAGUGGAAUCUAUGGACUCAUUGCUGGUAUCACUAAACAAAGAGUUAGGCAAGAUCAAGCUAGAUGACAUCCACCAGCGUGUUAUCACAGAACUGAGAGCUGCAGUAUACCCGAGGUGUAUGCUGUCAUUGCUAUAUAGGAAGAUGCCUACAGAAGCUAUUUUACAGAAAUUACAGAAUGAAGGUACUAUGCCACAACAAACGGCACGAGAUAUAAUGGAGCUGGUGUCACAUUUCGUUAAACACGUCAAUGUAGUACAAGACUUUGUAGACAAUGCAGACAAGGGCUCUAUACCAAUGCCAAUCAGAGCAUUGCUAUGGAAAUAUGGAAGAGCUAUCGUUACCGAAUCGAUACAACCAUUAAUACAACAUAUAAAGCAGUACAGGAUACAAACUGUGGUCACCAUAGCAACCAAAAACGGAUGCGAAAUGAUCCAAAAACGAUGCGAAGAGAUAUAUAACUCGUAUUGCCAGACAGUAAGCACGCAUACAGCACAACGCCCACAGGCGAUUACACACCUCAGCGCAUAUGAGUCUAUGUCGCGUGAUAUAAGCAACCAAUGGACUUAAUGACUAGAAAUUACAU